UCUUUUCCAAAAUUGUGUGCACGGGGACUGGCAUGGGGGAUUUUGCAGCCCCCGCUGCCUCUUCCAACGGCAGCAGCAGCCUGUGCAUCAGCACUGCCCUGGGCAGUAGCAUCGGCGGGGCUGGUACCGGCAUCGGGGUUGGGAGUCAUAGUAGUAGUAAUAAUACCCCUCCCAGCGCUGCUGCUGCCCCCAAUGCACUGAACAAUAGCAGCGCCGGCAUUCCUAAACACAGCACCGUGGUGGAGAGGCUCCGGCAGAGGAUAGAGGGGUGCAGGAGGCACCAUGUCAGCUGCGAGAGCAGGUACCAGCAAGCCCAGGCAGAGCAGCUGGAGAUGGAGAGAAGGGACACUGUGAAUCUCUACCAGAGGAGUCUGGAGCAAAGGGCCAAGAAGUCAGGAGCCAGCCAAGGGGGCGCGUCUGCAGGAGCUGCUUCUGCUGCCGCAGGUUCAACUGCUGGCGGAGCUGGUGGCAACGGCAAGCAGCACCAUCACCACCAUCACCAAAACCACCACCAGGGCAAGCAGCAGGAUGCGGAGGCAGCGGCCAGCGGCACGGCUGAGCAGAGGAGCCACACGCUGAUCAUGUUACAAGAAGCUGUUCAAAGGAAGCUUGAAGGUGCCCGCUCUCCACUCAAUGGUGAACAGCAAAAUGGUGUCUGCGAUGGGAGGUUCUCUCCCUCUGCGAAACGCAGGAGGAAGGAGUUACCAGCUGUGGAACCACUUUCAAAUAUGCCACUGCCUUCUGUUUCACCUCUUCAUCAGAUUGAUAUUAAACCUCACCUACCAGUGCCGAAUAGUGCAACUCAUUCAAGUGGCUUGGAAGACGUAAAUAAGAAUGGUGGACAACAGGAUAUGAAACUGGCAUUAAACGGUUCUGGUGAACUGGAAGAGAGCUUCAGUAUUCUGCAAAAUAAAGACAUGAAGCAAGAGCCACUAGAUGAUGCAUCUGUUAUGGACUCAUCAGAAACAUCUCUUUCAAACCAAAACAAGCUUUUUUCUGACAUCAAUCUAAAUGAUCAGGAGUGGCAGGAGCUGAUUGAUGAACUUGCCAACACUGUUCCAGAGGAUGACAUUGAGGACCUGUUUAAUGAGGGCUUUGAGGAGAAAAAAGAACUAGAUUUCCCAAGACCAACAGCCCAAACACCCCUUCCUCAAGAAAGUGCCAGUGUAAAAAGUGACCCAUCUCAUUCUCCCUUUCCACAUGUGUCUAUGGGCUCUCCUCAAGUAAGACCCUCUUCGUCUGGCCCUUCAUUUUCAAAUGUGUCUUCUGUCUCCAGUGUACCCUCGGUCUCCAGUGCACCAUCUACCUUAAUGAUGGCUGGUUCACCAGCAAGUUGUGUUGUCCAAUCUCCACAGACUCCUACCCAACCCCAUACCCCUGGCCAAACCUCAACGAGACCCGGAAAUGGUUAUACGGCAAAUCCAGCUUCUAAUUCAGGGAGUGGGACUGUAAACCUCCCAAGUGCAGACUUGUCUCCAGCAGAGCAGCUGAAGCAAAUGGCAGCACAGCAACAACAUCGAGCAAAACUCAUACAGCAGAAACAGCAACAUCAGCAGCAACAUACAAACCAUCCAUCCAAUUGGUCACCUGUGGGGCCCCCAUCUAGCCCUUAUGGAGGCACCUUUGGUCCUGAAAAACCAAAUAGCCCAAUGAUGUAUCCCCAAGUCUACAACAACCAAAACCCCAUAGUACCUCCAAUGGCCAACAAUCCACCCAAAAGCAACAUGAACAACUACCUCCCACAAAGCCACAUGAACAUGAUAAGCCAGCAAACAAACAGUAUGGGUGCAAAUGCUAUCAGCAAACCCCCCAAUAUGCUCAGUUAUGGUAACACUAAGCCUCUGACACAUUUUAAUGUAGAGAUGAGUCAGAGAAUGACUCCUCCAGUCGUUAACCAAAACAAGAAUACCAUGAUGCCAUACAUGCAGCAGCCACAGCAGCAGCAGCCACCAAUACCACCUCAGAUGAGCCAUUUGAGCGAGGAGCAGAAGCGAUUGCUUAUCAUGAAGCAGAAGGGACUCAUGAACCAGUCAAUGGCAUAUCCUUCUCUUCCAUCUCAUUCCCAGGAGCAGAAUGCAGUCGGGAUGUCGAGGCCUGCCGGUCCCAUGCAGCAGUCUGUGCCAGGAGCUGGUGCAAACCCAGGAGGUCCAGCCUUUAUGCCAAGCCAGCCUCAAGCCGCUAUGAUGAAGCAGAUGCUGAUAGAGCAGAGGGCCCAGCUUCAUGCUAUAGAGCAACAGAAGCAGCAGUUUCUCAGGGAGCAGAGACAACAGCAGCAGCAGAUACUAGCUGAGCAGCAGAUGCAGCAGCCGCACCUGAACAGGCAGCAUUUGCAGCAGCAGAGGAAUCCAUACGGUGUGCAGCAAGUCAACCAGUUUCAAGGAUCUCCACAGGACAUUGCUGCUGCCAGAAGCCAAGCAGCACUUCAGAACAUGCGGACAUCCCGGAUGAUGGCCCAAAAUGCAGGCAUGAUGUCUAUGGGUCCGUCCCAAAAUCCAGGCACAAUGACCACUGCUGCAAUGCAGCCAGAAAUGGGAAUGGCCCCGUAUAGUAACACGUCAAAUAGCCAACCAGCAAUGUACAGUAUGAACACAGGAGUAAACCAAAUGAUGCAGCACCCAAACCAAAACAGCAUGAACAUGGCCCAUGGUACUGUACAGGGCACACGACAGCCUGCGUCCAGUCAGGGUUUGGGAAUGGUUGGGGGAUUUGGUCAGAAUAUGCUGGUAAACUCUGUUAUGUCUCAACAACAUCAGCAAAUGAAGGGACCUGUUGGCCAGACUCUGACCAGGCCCCAAGCACCGAGACUGCAAAACAUGAUGACAUCUUUACCACAGGGAUCACAAAAUUGGACCCAACGUGGCAUUCAAGGAAUGUCUGUGAGAACUAGUGGAGAAAUGGGCUAUAACAAUGGAGCAGUCUAUCCAAUGCAGGGUGGGCAGCCAAGGAUGCCCAAGCAGCAUUUCCAGCAAGGGCUAAGUCAGAGUGUUGUAGACGGCACUGGGACAGUACGAGCUGUAAAUCCAGCGAUGAGCAGACAAAUGAUGCAAUCAUUGCCUGGGCAACAAGGAAACAACCAGUCCAGGCAAAUGAUGCCCGGCAUGAACCCUGGGAUCCCCAAUAUGGCAAGUUUUAACCAGGCACCCACGCAGCAGAUGCCAGUUGGCAAUUUUCCUCAAAACAACCAAGGUCAAGGGUAUGAUAGGAACCACAGUCAGGACAUGUCAUAUGGUUAUACAGAUGCCUCUGCCAGUUCAUUUCCUGGAAUAGCAGAUGGUGCAGACCUUGUAGACUCAAUCAUGAGCAGAGGACCAGGCGAUGAAUGGAUGCAAGAACUUGAUGAAUUAUUUGGAAAUCCAUAAUGGUCAGAGCUGGACAAUAACACAAAAAAAUAUGAUGCUGUGUUAAAUGGAGAAGGAUGGUACUCCCAUACACAUUUGUCCUGUAUAGCACAGCCAAACUACAGGCAGGUAGAGGAAAUCCAGGUGGUCAUCGAAGCAUCUCUGUCAUGUUGACAGUAGUCUUGCAUGUGGUGAGAGAAGGGCUGCACAAAGAGAUAUGCUCCUAUAUGUAGCCACUAGCCCCAGAUGGGGAAUAUUAACUGUAGGAGUGAUGUGAGAGCCUCUGAUCCGCCCUCAGUUCAACAGCCAUUGGUACCACAGUACUAAGCAUCAUGAGGUAGAAGUAAAAAACAUCAGAAAAUAGGGCUCUCCGAGUACUUGCCUAACUACCUGUGAAACUGAUGUAGUUCAAAUGUGAGGGAGCAAAAUAUGAAUGCAAACAGCUGCGUUUACAUUAUUGAGCACUGGGUUUUGCCAGUAGCUAUUAUGGAAACAGGACAAACGGAGAGAGAGACAUUUUCACGUUUGAGAAACCAACAAUACUCAGUAUAGUGACUUGCACACAAGGUAUUAAGAAUUCUUCCUGUUCAGACAGAGAGCAGGAAAUAUUCACUGCAAUGUUAAAGAAGAUGGUGAAAGUUAGGCCACUUAUAUGAAAAUGUUUUUGUUCAGAGAAGUGUUGCUCAAACCCACCAGGAUUCUGGGCUAAAAUACUAGGGCUUAGUAUCUUUACCCAGUUUACAGUUUAACUUUCCAGAUAACCACUGAAAAUCUCAUUCAGCACCCUAAUUAUUACUUUAUUUUAUAUAUUGUUUUGUCAAGGCUACUUAUAAAAAAAUAAUUGUAGGGUAAAUAGGAGGAUCUAUAAAAGAUUUUAAAAAAAAUUAACUGAAAAAGACGGGUAAUUAACUUAGAAUGUAUUGUAAUGUUCAUUGCUGUCAAUCACUGUAUCCAGAUCUGUUGUUGCAAUGUGAUGUCACAGUGUUUCCUUCCCCUGCUGCGAUCAGAGGAAACCAACAAUAUCCAGUGCCAAAAUGCGGUUCUGACAUCAUGGUUAUAAUUUAAGUUUUACAUUGUAAACAAAAAUGAGUUUGGAUUGUGAAUGCAAUUGCUUUUUUUUGACAAUGUUUUGUUAAAAAGACUUUGGCAAUGCAUUGAAAUGGCUGAUUUCAAAUCUCUAAAUGUAUAUUAAAAAAUAAACUAUUUGGUGGGUUUUAAUAAAUAUUUAUUUCCUAGCUAACUAUAUGUUGUGCAGUAACCUGUUUGCACUCGUGUGAUGUUCAAUAGUGCUUCCUCCUUGUGGCCCACCUUGUGGCGGGAGACAGUGACCUCUUGUGGACAGCAUUGUUCAUGGCAUGCUGUUCUCCUUUUCUUACAAAACUAAUGGAAGACAUGCUUUAUUAUCCGGCAUUAAUGUUCUAACCAAAAGCAUUAUGUUCUUUACUUUAAUGUUCAUUUGUUUUACGCAAUGUAGUCUGAUAGACCAGUUUUUGCAGACGUACAUAAAUUCUGCCCUCCCAACACUACCCAGCAUUCUAAGCCAUUAAGUAACAUCUUGAAGAUGAUGGGAAAGGUUGGGCAAAUUUAGCUGCCGAGCUAAAGCUAUCUAUCAUGUAUAUGGCAAUCUUAAAUCAGGGGUGGCAACUUUGCAGCUGUUGUGGUGGGGAGUAUGGCAAUGGACGCCACCGAACUGAACAGAAUGCUUUGCAGAAUUCAAGUGUAUUUUAAAGUAAGGUCUGGAAAAGUACUUUAAAAAAAUAUAAAAUAAAAAUCAGAUGAUGUGUUACAACACAGGAGGUUACAAUUUACUUAGUAUAACCAGAUUAGAAAGUCUCUUUGUAGAUGUGGCCAUAGAUCUGGAAAUUGUGGAAGUAUUGAUGACUCCGCUUGUAUACAGUUCACCAGAUAAGUGCAUCUGCAGAUAGGUUUAUAGCCUCAUUAUAGUCUUUUUAUAGCUUACUCCAAAUACUCCAUAUUGGGACCAACCAAUGUUAAAUACUUUUUUUUAUUGCGGUGCUGAUGUAAAAAUAAAAAAAAAUGGUUAUUUGUAAAUAUCUUUUUACAAUACUGAUGAAAUCACUGGGUCUACUGUCUGUACAAACAUAUAUAUAUAUGUAUAUAUAAAUGAAAAUAAUUAUAUAUUAGUAUAUAUAUGUGUGUGUGUAUAUACAGAUAUAUACAUAUAUAUGUGUAUACUGUUUAAAAAAAGAGUAUUUUUAUUUCUUUCUCUGACUCAUUAUCAAUGCAGUAGUUUUGCACUUCAGACAUCUAAUUUCAGAUUUGUACUGUAUAACUCAUGCCUAGUUUCAUUUGAAUUUGUCUUUUUUUUAUUACAUUUUUUCUGAAAAUGUAGAUUAUUGGGAUGUAGAAACAUAAGUGAUAUUGGUAUACCACUUUGAUGAGACAAACAAGCAAAUAAAAUGUUAUCUGAAUAUUA